AAUAAAAAAAAAAAUACUGAACAAAAGCAUUCUUUGUCAAAUUUUUAUGUAGGUAGCCUUGUCAAGAAUUUCAGAAAAAUGUAUUAAUAAAAUUAUUUUCGCUGAUUAUCAUACUAAAUUUUGUAUAAAUGUAGCUGUACCCAAUGAUGUUGCGUUCAAAUUUUUUAUCAAGAAUAAAAAAAGUAUGCAACGCUGCUAUCGCGUCACGUAUUUUGCGUGGCGCCGAGCAGCGGAUAACUCCAGUGUCAUGUGUUGCUGUAACGAAAUCGACGAAAAGUUCAAAAACUACGAGCGAUGGACCCCGGGAACCGACACAGAAAGACAGCAAAGAUGCCAUCGUCCAAGUGGUGAAGAAACCCUCACAGAAAAAAAAUACACAAAUAAUUAAUGCCAAGGAAACUACAAUUGAAACUAUCGAACCGGUAUACAAUAUACACAGAGCCGUAACGGAAUCGCAGUACGAAAAAUGCCAAAGAAUUAUAGACCAAGCGUUUGGUACAGGUGAAAUUAAAGAACCAGGUUAUUUCUCCCAUGGCGUUGAUAUAGAACAAACGAGGCAAGAACUAGAAAAGACUGAACACGUAACGUUAACAGAAAACGUGAUAACCGACGACAAAACACAGGUGUUAUUGCUACAACCGUCUCCUGCAUUGGAGUGCGUAAGGGUGGAACCAGAAAUUCUUAACACAGAUACUGAUGAAGAUAUGAUUCUUAUUAAACCAACGCUGAACAUACUCUUGAUGUCAGCUAGACCUCCAGAUGAUUUAAUAAAGGGUACAGAAGAUAAUAAAGACCUGCCCAACCAGAAUUUGCAUCUAGAAGAAACUAUUACCACAGAAGAAGUAGAUAAAUAUUUGCGCCAUGAAAACUUAGAUAAAACGUUAUACGAAACGCAUGAGGAAUCACAACAAAAUACAGCUCAUACGAUUGACUUAAGUGAAACUAAAAAGAAACAGGAUGAGCCGCCAGUUAUUAAUAAAUGUACCAAGCACAUUCCAGAUAUCGAACGCAAGACCGAUGUCGAUGUCGUAUUACAAGAUUCAUACGAGCCUUCCAUUGCUGAUACGGAGUACAUUGUCAACAGAGAUAAACAGUUCAACGAAGUUAUGGAUAGCUGUUUGCAUCCAAAACUUAGGCAUAACGCCGUAGUUAAUACUACAACUGCGAAAGAAGAAAAGGAAAGACUAAAACAGAAAGUGGAACAUAUUGAGGAAACGCCAUUAGUUGAAGCUCAGAAACAACCCAUUGAAGGUUUUAAUGUAACUCCGCGGGUUCUAGGCGAAUUAGAACAAGUCUAUAACUGGAUUGCGAACAAGCACGUAGACCCAACCCGACCCGACCCGACUGGUCAGAAAUCAAGUUGUGCGGACUCAGGUGACUUGGAUGAGGCGGUCAAAUAUUGUCUGGACAGUCCAGUUGGUCAGAUUGAUGAAGCACUACUCAACGAAUUAGAGAAGCUUGGUAUAGCUAUAACAGCGCCGAACCAACCACGCUCUCCGGGUAUAGAUGACAACCGAGUUCAGAUGAACGUGUUACUUAGCCGUAAAUGUGAUAAUAAGAUAGACGUAGAUGAUUCUUUUGAGAUUUAUUCAGGAAGUAUGUAUCCUAUACAAUCAAAGAUUACAGAGAAACUACUACCCGACAAAGACGCUGAGGCUGAAGAACUGGCUAGGAAACUAGCUGCUGAAGAAGAAGAGGAAUACUUGGCUAUGUACCCAAGUCGCACACAUAUAGAUAAAAAUUACGAUCUACCAUUCGAAAGAAGCCUAAAAAUGGGGAUACAGAAAGCACAGGCUGCUCAAGCUAAGCCUGAACUAGUAAAUCCUGAACAAUUUAAUCCUGCACGGAUAGCCCCGAUUAUUGAAGAAAUAUCUACUAAUGUUAUAAUGCAAGUGCCUCCAGAAAGGCCUACUCUAUGUGAUAAUAAGAUAGACGUAGAUGAUUCUUUUGAGAUUUAUUCAGGAAGUAUGUAUCCUAUACAAUCAAAGAUUACAGAGAAACUACUACCCGACAAAGACGCUGAGGCUGAAGAACUGGCUAGGAAACUAGCUGCUGAAGAAGAAGAGGAAUACUUGGCUAUGUACCCAAGUCGCACACAUAUAGAUAAAAAUUACGAUCUACCAUUCGAAAGAAGCCUAAAAAUGGGGAUACAGAAAGCACAGGCUGCUCAAGCUAAGCCUGAACUAGUAAAUCCUGAACAAUUUAAUCCUGCACGGAUAGCCCCGAUUAUUGAAGAAAUAUCUACUAAUGUUAUAAUGCAAGUGCCUCCAGAAAGGCCUACUCUAUUCCAAGAUACAAAGCUAAAUAUAAAUCAAACUGAUAUAAACAAAGUUAAUCCUACGAAUAGUAUAGAACGAACAGAUAUCAAUGAGAAGUUAAUAGCAGAACAGUUUUUCGUUAGACCAACCGCGCAGGAAGCUAAACAAGCUUCGACAGAAUCGAAGCCAAAAGAAACACUAGUUACCAAACCAUGGAACCCGCUCGCAAAACCAGGCUAUAGAUACGUUGCACAGACUGAUAACUCUUCAUUACGAAAAAAACAUCUUCAAAAAUCUUACGCUAAAGGAAUGGAAAAGCCUGUAUACUACCAAUCAACAACCGCAGAUAGCAUGUGGAACUCACAACCAAAACCAAAGGAGACAUGUAAUCGUAAAAGUAUUCAUAAACCUGCAGAAAAACAUCACACGUACCUCUUAAUGGACCUCACGAAUAAACGCGACCAAUAUUCCUCUGGAAAGAGUAAAUAUACUGGAACUGCUGAAAGGAUAAACGAGCACUGCAUAAGAAAUAUCAGUGCAGUUAAUAAGGACCAGGGCCAUAGAGCUCCUCAGAGUAAAAUUAGGACACGAAAUGCUCGGUUGAACACCGCAGAUGAGAUACAGAAAGAUGUUAAAACAGCAGGACCAACAAAAGAUAAGUUAGUCACCCCACUCGGUAUGUCGGAAGAAGGUCCUGUGUCAAAAUCUGCAGAAAAUUACAUGUCUCCGCCCCCAUUGCAGCAAACAAAUAAAAUCAAUUCAAAUGUAUCCGACGGUAUUUGGGACGAAAAUAUCGAUGGAUUAACACCAAAAGAGAAAACGGUCUUCCCAGAAGAUUUAAUGACACAACAAUUGGAUCCUCAUUAUGUUCUGAAGUGCAACGAGACCUGCCCUAAUUCACCUAAGCCCGCGCCCAGCCGUUUAAUGGAAUCUACAAGGGCUAUACUGUAUGAAGAACAAAUAGAUCUGACCAAGUUGCCCAAAUUGAAUGAGGAUUUACCUCUCUCAGAGCUCUUGAAAAGAGUGAGGGAAAGAAAUAGGAUCAUUGAAUGCAGGAACGAACUGAAGGCUUUGGGGAUUAAACUGGAUCCCAUCCUAGCCCAAGUGGGCAAAUGUCCGAGGAAGGCACCUCGGUGCGCACCCACAGCGCCCAGAUCACCACCACCUAACCCAGUACCGCCGCCCCUCUUCGGCUUGCCGACACCUCCGCGGAGCCCGCCCAGUUGUAAACCACGGAAGCCUCGCACGAGAAAAUGCUCCACCUGUGACAUGGAUCUGUCACCGAGUUUGCGUCUGGGCCCUGGGUUCAACGUCCCAAUUGCAGAGGUGCAAGCAGAAAUGUUAUGCGAGAUGAAGGACAUCGGACCUGAUGUGUUUGCUGCGCGUUUGAAGGCUGAUUUGACGGCGGAGGUGAUUGAGAAACUCCAGAUUUUAGGCAAGCUCCUUGGUAGGCUGUUGCGGCAGGGGAGAGCACAUAUGCAUGAUGCUGAAGCUGUGAGCAAAACCCGCCCAGGGUUGAGGACGAUGUUGGCUAAAGACUACGCGCCGUGGACACCAAUUCCGUCUUGGCCGAUUCCAAAGAAACCGCCCAGGAGGAAGCCGCCGUGUCAGAAAGGCUGCCCAUCCUGUCCACCUCCAUUGGGGAAGCUAAAUCCUGAGCCGCCGUGUAAUUUGAAACCCUGCGAGGGAUUUCCUAAGAAAUCGUUUUCAUUAAUAGAUUGUUUCGCUGUUACGAUAGGAAAGAACAAAGUGUAUGAGAUUGGCAAGUUCUGACAGGUUUGAUUACGUGUACAAAAUACAUCGGAUAUUAUGGUAAACAGCGAAAAUAAAUUGAAUGAUUUCCUCAAAA